GGUUUUUUUUAUUUUUUAUUUUGUUUGCUUCAUGAUUUCAUAGAAAGAGCGAUUUCCCCGUUUUUGCUGUGGAUUAGAAGAUAAUCUGCCAACCCGAUUUUGCUGUUAUGAUUAGAGAUUACGAUAUCGGAAUCAAUUGCGAGUUCUCUGAUUAGAAGCGAGGAAGGAGGCGUCCGAGUGACAAAUUCUUUUCCUUUCUAUACAUUCUUGUGGAGUGAGAUUUCCAUUUUUCAGAUUUUGGUAGUGGAUUAUCAGAUAAUAUGGCAAUCAGAUAUUGCUGCAAUGAUUAGGGAUUAAAAUAUAUGCAUUGUUUGUGAGUUAUCUGAUUAGAAGAGGGGAAAGGAGGCGUCUUGGUUACAGUUUCUUCUCAUUUCUAGAGAUUGUUGAUGAGAGCAAUUUUACCAAGAUAGCUCCUUUUUAUUGUUGUUAUUAUUCUUUUGGAUUGAUGCUUUCCCGUAAUGGUGGCAACUGGAAAGAGAUACUUGGGUUGGAAUUUGUGCUUUGAUUGACUUUAGUUAGGUUGUACGAGAUGCCAUUGGAGGUUGGGCAGAGAUGAGUUGCAUUUUACCUACUGGACUUCUGCCGGACAGAGAAACUUGUGUGGGACGAGCUAUUGAUUAUAAAGGAUGGUCGGAGGCUGAAGAAAGGGUCGCAGAGCUUAUUUCCCGCAUUCAGCCUAAUGAAGGAUCAAGGAAACGAAGGCAGGAUAUAGCUGAUUAUAUUCAGAGUUUAGUUGGAAAAUGCUUCUCUUGUCAGGUUUACAUUUUGGGAUCUUUGCCCCUGAUGACCUAUUUACCUGAUGGAGAUAUUGACUUGACUGUAUUUAGUGAUAAUGAAAAUCUGAAAGAAGCAUGUGCCGACAAAGUCUACCAAGUGAUGAAGGAGGACGAAAAGAAUGAGAAUGCAGAGUUUCAUGUAAAAGAAGUUCAACUAAUAUUGGCAGAAGUAAAGGUUAUAAAAUGUCUUGUAGAGGGUAUUGUUGUGGAUAUAACAUUUCAUCAGACUGGUGGCUUACGUGCCCUUUGUUUCCUAGAAGAGAUGGACCAUUUGAUAAAUCAAGAUCAUUUAUUUAAGCGGAGUAGCAUUCUUAUUAAAGCUUGGUGUUACUAUGAGAGUCGCAUUUUGGGUGCUCAUUAUGGUCUUAUUUCUACAUAUGCUUUGGAAACCAUGAUCAUUUACAUAUUUCAUGUAUUUGACAAUUCAUUCACUGGGCCACUUGAGGUUCUAUACCGUUUUCUAGAAAUUUUCAGCAAUUUUGAUUGGGAAAACUUUUGUGUCAGCAUAUGGGGUCCUGUACCCGUACAUUCACUCCCGGAGAUUGCUGUGAUGCCUCCGAGAAAGGACAAAAGUGAAUUUUAUCGCAAGAAGUUCUUUCUAGAAAGUCAUAGCAUGUUCAUUGAUGGUUUGGCAUGUGGUCAACACUGCCAGAGACGUUCUUUUGUUCCCAAGUAUUUGAACGUUGUUGAUCCUCUAUGCGUGCAUAACAACCUUGGACGCAGUGUUUACAAAGGCAAUUUUUAUAGAAUUUGUAGUGCUUUUGUAUUUGGGGCUGAAAAGCUAGCCAGUUUACUUGAUUCUCCUUCGGAUCUCAGUCAGUUCUUCAAGAAUGCAUGGGAAAGACAGAGAGCUGGCAUUCACACCAGUUCUUCUACUAGCAUGGAGCACUUGAAACCAUCUAAAUCUAUCCAGGUUGGAGCAUCUUACACUUCCAGAAAUAUUUCAUGCAAGGAACAGAAUGUUAAUAUUUUAGAAGAUCCUGGUGGUGAGCAUCUGGCUGGUGAUGUUGGGCCAUCUUUCUAUGGCGCUUCCUCUCAGAUACUUAGAUUAAUUAACCAAAAGUCCACGGACAGUAGUUGUCAUAAUGGAAUUCAAACAGUAUUCUCUAAUGUUAAAAAUAAAAAAGAUUAUAGUAGUGAUAUUAUCAUCAAGAAUCAGGAUUAUGUAGAAAGAACCUUAGACUCAAAACCUGUUAGAACUAACAAGAACCAUGAAAAUCUGAGUUGCGAUUACAGUAAUAAAGAUAAGGAAGGAGAUUGCAGGUUUCAGGGUGAGUUUGGCAUGUUUUGCUCUGCAAAGACAAGCUUUCGAUCUCGCCCAAUGAAUGCGUCUGAGAAUUCUUCUGGACAAAGCAACGAUAUAAUACAAAAAUCUGAUACUCGUGAGGCUUUUCUUGUUGGUUCAGAACAUGAUUGCAGAAGUAAGAGCCUGGCUUCAAGAAUUAUGAGCAGCCAACCAGCGAAAUCUAUUGAUGACCCUUCAUGUUCAAAGCAAACUUCAUCUCUUCAAGCUGCAGUUUCAAAUGGUGCUUCUCAUAGCUGUCAUGAUAAUACCUUUUCCACAACUGAAACUUCAUCAAGUAGGAUGAAUUCUGUAAUGGAAAACUACAGCAGUCCACCAAAGGUUGGUUAUCAUGAGGUUUCAUUAAAUCAAACUGCCCAAAUGAUUGAUGAUGUCUGCAUCAUUGCUACCGGGCAGGUGCCGCAAAGUUCUGAGGUGGUUCCUUCAAAACUUUAUCCUACAGGUCCGCCGGUCCCGUUCUUAGAAAUGCUUCAGACAUAUAGCUCUCCAUCUCACAAACGCUACUAUGAUGGAUUGUAUGGAUUGCUUGCUGAUGGAACGUUAGAUUUUGAUCUAAAUGUUGAUUCAGAUGGAAUGUUUGAUCAGCCGGAGAUUCAUGUUGCUGCACCUGCCAAGCCAAAUCUGUCUCAUGGAUUGCCUACCCCAAACAUUUCUUUACUUGGACCCUCUGCCUAUCCUUAUACUACUGUAGUACCUAAUGUGUACUUUCGAAGGAUUUUCCCGCCAUUUGGUCCAGUUAAAUCAAUUCUAUCACAGGGGUCACAGUUUAUGCCUGCCACCAAUAUUAUGCCAGAAGCUCAGAUAAGAACUUCUGACAUUCUUACUUUUGGAGAUGGAGUCGCUAAACAUCCUUGUGGAGUUAGAACCUAUCUGCCAAGUCCAUGUUUUGUUCUCAGAGAUCAGUCGCCAACUACUAUUCACAGUUGGGAUUACAAUCAUUAUGGAGGAAAAAUUGAUGGACAACAAAAUUCCAACAAUAGAAGUCCACAGGUGUUUUGGUUCACCAAUGAGCACAGUCUUACUGAGAAGCCAAGCAUUCCCCCAGGCUGCUUAGCCCCUAAUUACAGCCAAACUGUUGGAUCAUUUGAUUUGUGUAGGAGCAAUGAAAUUAGUUCAUACCUAACAGAGAAUAGUUCAAUUGGAUCUUCCAGUGUUUCUCAUUUUUCAACAUAUACGACACAGGGAAUGGAUCAUUCACAUUUAUUGACUGCUCAAUCAUCGUUUUCCCAGUACCAGAGAUCGAUGGUCCAGAAGAAUCAUCAGCUGAAAGAAGAGGCUUUCUCUCUAUGAUUUCCUAUUCAUGCAGACAUGACAGGGAAGAGUUGAACACCUAUGCUUCUACUCCAUUACUCUGACUCAGUUAUUUUUUGGUUUGAUUCUACCAUUCUUGGCUUAGUAUCCUUAGGCCAUUGCAGAGUAUUCAACUGUACUUUGCAAACAGGCCAAUAUUUUUCAGGAUAUCAGCCAAAAAAUGCUAACAUCAAUCAAUAAGGAAUUUUUUUCUUUCUUAGAAUUGACAAAUUGAUAAUCUCAUUCCUUUUAGUUAGCUUACAAAUAAAAAAUGCAAUCCUUUGCAUUUGUGUGAUCUCUACAACUUGAUUUUCCUGGUUGAAAAGAAAUAAUAAUAAAGAAAUUUUCUCAGCUC